AUGAUUUUACUAAAUGUGAUCUUACUGAUAAAAUUAUAUCCUCAAUGAGCAAAUAUGGGGAUAGCCACGUAUUCACUAAAAUAUAAAACUGAUAGAUUCAUUAGGAGUCUCAACACAUAUAGCAUGAACAACUUAUAUGAAAUAUCUUAAUUCUUCUACCUUGGAGGUUUAGUUUCUUCUUCCUCCUUUAGUUUAUGCCCAGAAUCGACUUCUAUUGGACUCUCAUCUCCUGGAAAAGUCUUUAAAGUGUUUCUCUUGUGCUAGACUGCAUCUUUGUACUCAGAAUUUCUUUCUAUGAAUUUUCUGAAAGUCUGCAUCGAAUUCUUUUAGAACAACUUUCUUUCUCUUAUUAGUUGUUUAUAUUUUGAGGAUGAAAGCAGUCUUUUCAGGAUUAGAGGGUAUAGUAUUUUUAACUUUCAAGACUUGCUUGGAAAUUUGAGUAAGGGAUCAAUCUAAUCCAUA